AAGAACGGGACGCAUGGUGGCGGCGGCGGGGGCGGCGUUCAAAUAUUCUUGCCCUAUGCAGAUGGAGACGAUAACAGUCAUGAGAAGGCAUCUCCCGCUACCUCUACUUCCAAUAUUAACAACAAGAACAUCAACAUGAAGAAACAAGAUCUGUUAUCUGCCAAGCGGUGGUUACGAUUUUCGAUCGGCGGGGGUGGUGGUUGUGGAACUCUGGACGACAAAUUGUUGCGAGAAGAGAAAGGGCCAGAUGGGACAGUGGACAAAAGUGUGAUUGCUUGUGGAAUUCGGCCUGAUCAUCAUGUGUCCGCAGGUUCGCUCGAGGCGAGUCACUUGCUAACUCUGCUCAGCAAGGUGGUUCACCAAGAUUGUUCCCGAUUGUGGAUCCACGGAGGAGGCGGCGGUGGCGGGGGCGGCGUUUCUGCGUCUGAGUUUCUACGAAUGGGUUACGGAUUUGUUUUUCAAGCGGAUGUGAAACUUCAUGACCAGACGACACAUGAAAGCGAAACUUCAACAGAACUUGAUGCAGACGAACAACCAUCGAGUACCCGUGCUUCCUCAGCACCUUCUUCUUCUACAUCCUGUCCAUUGAAGAACUUCGACUUCUCUCUGUCCUCUUGGAGUCAGCCUGGCGUUCUUCCCCCAAGGGAACUGCGUUUGUUGCGCGACGAUCUAGCCAAACCGAAGCCGACAGCUGUCGAACUGGCGAAGCCGCUUCAGCCGCAGAGUUGGUGGUCCUACUUGCCACCGAAGGCACGAGCGCGCAUGAUCAAGCAGAAGCAGGCCGAACGCGGAGAAGCCUGGAAGUAUAUGCGUAUCGUUGAACGAGUGGGGGAGCCGGAGCCGGGGGAAGACAAAGCUUUUGACUCGGCCCUUUACGGAUUCAAAGGGGACGACGAGCUAAUUGGAGCUUCUUCACCAACUUCCACCUCAACCGUAAUUGAUGCACCAGAACAUCAACGAGCAAGUCCUUUUGCUGAUGAUGACCUCAAAGCGGUUUCCGACCUCACACUGGAGGGUCUCAGAUUUCAUUCCGGCAGAGAGGCGAUUGAAUUCUUCCGGAACCUUUCCGAGGCAGAUCAUGGCCAGCCUUACUCAACUUCAUCUACUUCUGCGGGGUUGGCUAACACACAAAUCAACUUGUUCGAAAAUGUGUCCAUGGUGGUGUCUGAGAUGAUUGAUGAUCAGAACAGUAGCAGUAAGUUAACAACAUUCUCAAAAAUGAACAACAGCUCUACUUCAUCCUACAGGACUCCACCCAUCUCAAUGGUGAACAACACGAUGCAAGCAUUGGACGACUGGUCUGCUGCGAGCCUCGCGGCAGUGAAUGCAGAGCCCAUGUUCGCGAAAGUUGCCAGUCAAAGCGUGUCCACCGGCAUCGUAACUUUCUGGCUGGUGCUGGAUUUGUACCCCGAACCGUUUUCCAUCCCGUUUCUGUUGUGUUUUAUCGCCUUCGCUGCGGGUUUCAUGCAGGCUCUGCGUGAAAACGACUUGGGUGAUUGGUUCCAGUACGUUGUGUGGGAAGGCCUUUGGGGUAGCGAAGAAGAGGAUCAUUACACUUCCGACAGCGGACAAGCGGGAGACACCUCCGCAGCAGGCGUUGAGAACAUCAACGUGGCGAACAGAGAGGCAAACGGACAUCAACGUGUUAUUGACUCAGCUUCCACAUCAGUGGUGCCUGCACUUGUCGUACACCGAAACAACUCGAGCACAUCCUGCUGA